ACAAUCCAGCUUUACCCAACAGCAUUCCCGUUGCCCAGAGUCCCAGUCCGCUUCAUCCCGGCUCCGCAGUCCGCACACCUUGUGCCGCACGCCCGCACUGCCGCACGCCCGCACUGCCGCACACCGCCACACGGCCCUGCAGCGCCCAGCAGCUCCGCCCCUCUGCAGGCCAGCCGGCAGCCACCAUCCACCAUACCACCACGACCUGCGGCCUGCCGGCCGCCUCCCGACCCUCAGUCCCUCACGCUCCCGAGUCCCGCCUCCUUGACCGGUUUUGGUGAUUGUUGGAGAUGGUCUCAGGUUUCACGCAAAUGCCAAACGGUAAACCAGCGCCGCAACAUUCACGGAAAAACAGACCAGCGGGCAUCAGUAAUCGCCGGACGUCGUCGACUCAUGGACUCGCCUUCUGCUCGCUGACUAGCCUGAUUCACUGCUUGCAGACUGCACGGUGACUCGUCGGACUGUCUUCUUCUCGCUUGGACUCCAGAAUCCGGUAGCUUCUGCAGUUCUGCUUUUCCUCUCUUCAAAGUCGCUGCUUGAAGCAGAGCCGCAGCCAGCAGAGAAGGUUAACAGAAGAGCUUCCUGAUAUCCCAUCGGUUUCAAUCUCCUCUCACUAUUCCCACCGCCGUAUAGGUCUAACUCACAGAAGGUUACUAUCCACAUGGCUCAAGAAGUAGCUGCGUAAUAUCACACGGUAACAAAUAUUAAGCCGCAAAGAGAAAGAUGUGGAAAAGUUGGACUGCAUUUUCCUUUUGCUCAUAGUAUGAUGCACCAACGGCUAACACUCCUACGGCGUAAGGUGUUUCGUAAUGCUUCCUUUUUAGCACAGAGAAAAUAUGCUGAAGUGGCAAACCCUUUAAACACUUUCAAAAAGAGUGGGUUUCUUCUGUUUAGACAAUUUGUACACACCUCUACACCUAAUCGAAAGGAAUGGGACCCGAAUGAUCCAGCUACCUUGAUGAAGGAGGAUGGGGUUUCAGUCUGCACCAAAAUGUGGAUUGAGAGUUUCCGUGAACCGGAAAAAACCGUGACCAAUCUCAUCGAUUAUUUGAGGAGAUUUGAGCUGUGGGUUUUGGCAUACCAGAAAGUUUAUGCGGAUGACAUUGGUUCUUAUAUGCCCCGAAGCUCAAUAACAAGGUCAACUCUUGAGGAUUUGUUGGCUUUGAGAAAUGCAGUUCUUGAUAAUAGGUUUAAGUGGGGGGCAAGAUUGGAUUUUUUAAUAAAAUCUCCUAGAGAUAAAACAGACUAUGAAUCAUUAUCUAAGAGAAAAGUCAAGGCUAUACUAACUACCACUCAGCCAUCCCCUUUUCAGGAUAGAAUCGUUCAAGAGGUUCUGUUUCUCAUUUUGGAGCCCAUUUAUGAGGCCCGUUUUUCUGAAAAAUCGUUUGCAUUUAGACCAGGAAGGACUGCACAUACUGUUCUUAGAGUGAUCCGGAGGAGCUUUGCAGGCUACCUGUGGUACAUGAAGGGUGAUUUGAGCACAAUAUUAGAUGGAAUGAAGGUCGGACUAGUGAUAGGUGCAAUGAUGAGGGAUGUUAGGGACAAGAAAGUCAUAGAUUUGAUCAAGUUGGCUUUAACUACUACAGUGAUCACCAGUAGGCCUGAGGAUGGCGAGAAGAAGAAAAAGACAAAGAGGAAGUACCAAAAGAAAAGAGUUCUAGCAGAGGAUGAACCAAAACCUGAUCCAUACUGGUUAGACACUUUCUUCGGUUUUGCGCCGGAAGAAGCUGAAAAACUCCCUUCCUGGGGUCACUGUGGUAUACUGAGUCCACUUUUGGCUAACAUUUGUCUUGACGAACUUGACCGAUGGAUGGAAGGCAAGGUAAAGGAGUUCUAUCGGCCUUCAAAGAAUGAUGUCAUUUGGAACAGUCCAGAAGGGGAAGUUGAACAAGGUAAUACAUCUUGGCCAGAAUUUGUUCCCACAAGUGGACCAGAUAAGACCAGGAAAAUGGACUAUAUCCGUUUUGGUGGUCACAUUCUGAUCGGAGUGAGGGGCCCUAGGGCAGAUGCGGCAACUCUUAGAAAACAGUUGAUUGAGUUCUGUGAUCAGAAAUAUAUGCUCAAGCUUGAUAAUGAGAGCCUUCCUAUCGAACACAUAACUAAAGGUAUUAUGUUUCUUGAUCAUAUCUUGUGUCGUCGUGUCGUUUAUCCCACUCUUCGGUACACUGCCACUGGUGGCAAAAUAAUAAGCGAAAAAGGUGUGGGGACACUUCUGUCCGUCACGGCUAGCCUGAAGCAGUGCAUCAAACAGUUUAGAAAACUAAGCUUUCUUAAAGGAGACAGAGACCCGGACCCACAACCAUGCUUUAGAAUGUUUCAUGCUACUCAAGCACAUACAAAUGCACAAAUGAAUAAGUUGUUGGCUACAAUGGUUGAGUGGUACAGAUAUGCUGAUAAUAGAAAGAAGGUUGUCAAUUUCUGCGCAUACAUCAUAAGGGGUUCCCUUGCAAAGCUCUAUGCUGCAAAAUAUAAGCUUCGAUCUCGGGCUAAAGUUUUCAAGAUCGGUUCUAGAGAUCUUCGACGACCUCUAAAAGAGAAAAAGGGACAAUCUCCAGAAUAUCACCAUUUACUUAGGAUGGGUUUGGUGGAGUCAAUUGAUGGGCUGUUGUAUACCCGCAUGUCCCUUGUACCGGAAACUGAUUAUACCCCUUUUCCUGUUGGAUGGAGGCCUGAUCAUGAGAAGGCAUUGAUGGAGUACAUAAUGCUUGACGAUUCGCGAGCACUAGAGGAACAGAGGCACUGCUUACAAGAGCAAGGCCUCAUUUCACCUCAGGACUACGUUUCAAUGCUUGUUUGGAGCUACAAAAGAAAUGCUUUAGCAUUGGAUUCACGCCCUUCUAGAGCAAAUGAUAAGAUGGCUUCGGAAGAUUUGCUAUUGGAUGGAAAUGUGAUUCAAACAGAUGGAGGCGAUGAAGAUGACCAAUGAGGUUUUCAUGCAACACAAAUGUAAGUUGAAUGUGGUAUUCUGUUGUUACAGAAAGCUGUGAUUCUGUUUGAGUAAAAUCUUUCAAGGGCAUUUGAUCCUGAAAAAAUGACAGGGAAUCAAAAAGAAAUGCUAAGGGAAGUUAGUUCAUUGUGUUUGGUUUUGUGAUGGAAAAUGAAAAAGGGAAGAGAAAUAUGAUUAAUGCUAUUAGCUAUCUCAUUUACAUUUGUUCAGAUUUUGAAUCUUUAUAUAAUACAAAUGAACAAAUGAAAUGGGUUUGAACAAAUAUGAGAAUUAAAUUUCGAAGGCUGAACCAAUGAUAAACUUUGAUCAAUAUUUCUUUUCCUUCCAAAUUUCUCAUGUCUUUCCCUACAUUAUUCUUUCCUAGCAUUUAUAUAGUUCGAAAUAGACCCUUAGAAAAAUUAUCUACUCCGUAAUAUACUCCGUAUUAAGUAUAGGAAAUGUUCUAAUAAGACAAAUCUUCCUGGAGUUGGAGAAUAUGUUG